AUGUUCAGGACUCCAGCCUGGAGAGAGAACCUUCCGCUGCCACGGCCGUCUCUGCUAGAGCCGCCGCCGCUCCCGGGGUGCCCCAGCCGCCCGCAGCCCGCGCGCUCCUCCUCGCAAAGUGACUGCAAGCUCCGCUCCUUGCCGCACUAUAUCCAGGCAGCAGCGGCGGCAGCGGCAGCAGCAGCGACGGCCGCCGCGGCGGCAGCACAGCCGGGCGGGGAGGGAGGCGGGGGCGGGAGCGCGGGGAGGGGAGGGGAGGGGAGGGGCGGCCCAGGCGUAUCCCUCCGCGCCGCACGGCGGCCGCUGCCCGUCAGGCGCGCGGCCCUAGGAUUCGUCCGCAGCGGAGCUCCGAGAGGCAGGUUCGGUUCCCGGUGCCGCCAGCUAAAGGCGCCGCCGCUGUUGGCCUGGCACGAAUACGCUCGCGGGCAGCGGUCUCACGUUCAGCUUCCAGGAGGGAAACGAGAGGAUAGAAAUACUGUAGAGCUUAGAAUCCAGCCCCCACCUGGGGUUUUAAUACAGAAGUGGAGGUUCCAUUGCCUUCGGAAAGGGGAAAAGGUCAGACAGGCCUGGUCAAGAGGAGACAGAAUGGAAGUAUUUUUUUCCUGGGACUUGGGGCCUGAUUGUGAGUCACAGGCCUACAGGAAGAUUAUCAACCGAGGCUUUCAUGGAUCGUCUCACUUGGAAGCCUACAUUUAUGCUGCUCUGAAGUUUCAGUAACGGGGUGGUACAUACCCACAACUUGCCUCAACUGCCUCUUAGCCAAAGGUAGAAGUGCCUCUCCAGGACUCGAUCAGAAGCACAUUAAUCUCCCAUUGCAGUGAAGUGAUAUACAGCCUCAUAUUUGCCUUGGUCAAUUCCUCUUCUUAAUACGUCGGUGGCGUGAGGACAAUGUGUAGAAAAAUUGCCUCUGCCCACUGCCUUCCUCUCCCACUCUAAAAGGCAUGCUUUCCACUAUGCAGGCAUCUGGUACUCUUACCAAAUGUACCAAAUCUAUGAAAAUGACUAAGCCAUGUGCAUGGCAGAGAAUAUAAAACAUAUAGAAAUGCAUUCCCCCUCCAUAUGUGACUCAUAAAAUUUACAUUAAGAUAAUUUAUCAUCUUUUCCAUCCACCUGAGGAAGUGUUUCAGAGGCUUUGUUGGGGUUUAGUUACUUCAUUUAUAAAAAUAAGAGAAAGUUGAACAGAGAUCAGGAAUCUAUGAAAAGCUGAGUAGUACGAAAUGCCAACAGGAUUGGAUGUAUGGUUAAAUGAAAGCAGAUAAAUUUGUUUUAAAAGAAUCAAUAAAAUGAACAUGAAGGAGCAGCAGAGAGAUGGAAAACAAUAAGGCACAUUAUGUGUGGAAAUUUUCGUCUCAACAAUAUUCUGCCUUUUAGAGCUGCAAUCUGUUCUUGCAAAACGUGUGCAGAUACACAGUCUACACAUAGAACCCAAGUGUGAUGGUGUGUUGUACAUAGGAUUGAAAUAUCAUUUUUAUUUGUGUAAUUCUGAUGUCAUUUUUGUUUAAUCUCUCUGUUGAAAUAAUUCAUGUGUGUUAAGAUCAUACUAUUAGGAAAUGGGACAUUCCAUAGGUUAUUUAUAUUUUUAAAAUGUUACCAAUCAUUAUACCUAUUCAUUUACUUGUCUGGAAAAUUGCAUGUUUUGACCUAUUUUUAUUACCACAAAGGAAGAAAAAUAUCCAUUGUAUAAAUAGGCAGAUAGCCUGAAACCUCUAUAAAUAGAUGAUCCUGCUACUGCCUUCCCCACUCCAUUAAUGCCACUUUUUCUAAUGACCAUCUCUUUGAAAAUAAUUCCAACUUUCUUGAUACAGCAACACUUGAGAUGUUUUACCAGGCAAUUUGUGAGCAUAUGACAGUAGUUACAUUACUGGUAGAAUUUAGAUUUUAGCACCUUCCUUUGUAUAUUCUUUGCUUUCUUAACAGUUCUCUUUGGAAUUAAGAAACAGAAGGGAUAGAUUUAUGGUACUGAGGCACCCUAAUUGUCACAGAGUCUUACUUUUUAAUUUCUUUCAAGAUACAUGGGGUCAUUUUCCUUCAUGGCUACUUCAUGGUCCCUCUGGGCAGAUAACUGCUCACUUCACUCUGAAAUUAUGUAAUAACUGCCUGUAAUUUGCCACUUGCCAGAAUAAUAUUUUCUUAACUCUAAGGGGAUAUUAUAUUUUUCUUCACCAAGACAGCACUGGCAAAUAAAAUGACGGACAGACCAGAAAAUGUAAGGAACCUGUACACAUUGACAAAGCAGUGAUUGACACAACUUCAAGAAUAUAUUCAGGACAAACUAAGACAGGAAAAAAGGGAAUCAAGCGGUGGUUAGCAAUGAACCUAUUUGAUACGACAAGGAUCAUGAUGUGAAGUGCAGGUUGCCCAAAUAUUGAUCAUAGCACUCAUAAAUCAUAUUUUUGCUCAUGGGUCAUAUUGACCAAGGCUCUGUUUGCACAAAUCCUAUCAUGAAUGGCAGUUAAUACGUACUAGAUAAUACAAAUCCUUCAUCUCUGGCAAGUGAUCCCAUAUAAGAAUAGGUUUGGUAGGAAACAGAACAUUAAUCAAACACAUUUUUAUGGGGCAAUAAAGUUGGAAAUUCAAUUUGAAAUUCUCUUUUUGCAAAAGAUCAUUUGGUUAAAAAAAACUUCCAUAAUCCUUAAGAGUUAUGUUUCUGAAAAUUUUCAAGUUAGGCAGUUCUCUACUAAUAGGGAAACUAGUGGCAGCCAUAGAAUUCCUUCUUAUAUAACCACAAUUAUAUUGUACUUAACAGUCAACCAGUGUACAUUAUUUGAAUAUACACAUUAUUUUAUUUUAAUGUGGUUUAUUUAGACAAAAACCUUAUAUUUGACAUUUAGAUGUAAUGGUUCUCACUCAUUUUGAGGAAAACAUCACAGUUCCUCUGCCAGCAUACCCUUUGUCCUUAUAUAUAAAUAAAUGUGUAUUUAAUACGUUACUGGAUUUGGUAGACUUCCCCAUGCCAAGGAGCUCAAAACCUAUGUAAAAAAUCAACCUGAAAAUAGGUAACUAUCUGGGUUAUGCAAACAGUAUUAGAACAGAGAUCUUUUAUUAUAAAUGAGUAAUAUUCUAAAAGCACUGCAUCCUAAUUUUUUUUUUAAUUUAGAACCCCAUAACCUACCAGCCAGACAACCUAUGCCUUGAACGUUAAUGGCACAUUUUCUUCCAUUCUAUGUGUGUGUGUAUGUGUGUGUGUGUAUGUGUGAAUAUAUAUAAAAUGUGUAUGUAUGUAUAUAUGUAUAUACACACACAUAGUUUAAGGUAAUACUAUUUUGCAUCAUUUUACUUCAUUUUAUAUUGUAUAUUAAUGUUUAAUAUUAUCAUUAAAUUUUGCAAAUAUAUGUUUGGUAGCUUUGAUUAAAAUGACUGCACCCUAAAAUGCCUAACAGUUAUCCUGCAUUAAGGCAUUAUGUGUUUUUCUGUUAUUAUUAUUAUUAUGAAUCCCACUAUGAUGUGCAUAUUUUGCACAUAGAGCUUUGAGCAUAUUAUGAUCUUAUCAUUACAUCUUAGACUAGUAGAUAUUAAAUCGCUCACUAAAAUGUAUGACUAUUUGUAGGUACUAGAUUCAUAUUGCCUAAAUUAUUUUCCAAAAUGUAUUAUUUUCCCUCUCAGUAGGAAAGUGUAAAACUGCUUCAUUCACAUCAGCAUUUACUAUUUUAUUUUUAUUUUAUAUUUUGUGUGUGAAAUUCCUGAGAGUGUCCAUUCUGUGGUUUCUUCCUUCAGUCAUCUUCAAGUGAAUUAUCUAACUCUAGAUAAAUUUGUA